AACACGCACUCUAAUGGACCUGAAGAGGAAUAGAUAUUUAGCCUUUAGGAUCUUCUGCAAGGAGCUGCUGAAACACAGAGAAAGGCUGCAGCGCAGAGAAGGGCUGCAUUGGGCUACAUUCAGAUCCUUGACGAAUCCAAACCCCACAGAGAUCACCGACCUCUUGGUUUCAACCUUCACCGAGGAUGGUGCUCUGUCAGCGGCUGUGGAUAUGCUGACGAAGAUUGGCUGCCUGGACGAGGCACACAGACUAGCCAUGGAAGCGCCUGGACCGUUCUUCAAGCCUGAUCCCAUGGGCAGUCCUCCCUCAGAUGAACACAUUGUGGAUAGAUGUAAAGAUCAGCUGAUCCAACAUGUGAGCGACGUUGAACCAAUUUUGGAUGAGCUCCUCACCAAGGGGGUUAUUCGACAGGAAAGUUAUGAUAAAAUCAGCGCUCUCCCGACCUCGGAGGAGAAGAUGAGGGAGCUCAUUGAUGGUCAUCUGACAGCUGUUGGGAGCAAAGACGUCUUCUACGACCUCAUUUUGAAGACAUGGCCGACGUUCAAAUUUCAAGGUCCAAAGAUGUCUGGGAGUGAUGACGGACCGUGGCCGAAUGUCGCGUGGCAUGAGGGUAGUUCCUCUAACAAGCUAAUGGUCGUAACCGGAAGUGAAAUGUCCCCUGAGGUUGACUGGAUUAAACUUGAGCCUGAAGUGAACUGUGUGGAUGCAGAGUAUGCUCCAAUUUACAGCCUGCAGUCUGAAGCAGGUAACUUUGAAUGCAGUGUCUCUGGCUUGCGCUGGGUUAGUAAGGAUAAGGUCAGCUUGAAGUACCAGUUUGGCUCCUGGGAGGAGCACAUGGAGAGACUGAAGACCCUGGAUUACUUCCCUGGUGGUCCCCUACUGGACGUUACAGUCAUUGCUGGAAAGUUAGAUGAAGCUUAUCUGCCACACUGGAUCUGCACAGAAGACGUCCCUAGAAUUUUACGCAAGAUGGCAGUCCUCCACAUAGAUACCUGUGGAGACGUUGUGGAACAAGUGUCUGAGGUCACGCCAUCCCAUGUCAAGUUGUCCCAGCCAAUUUUCUCUCCAAAAGGGGUCCUGAUGAGAGUCGGCUUUCCAGUGAAAAUUAACUGUAAAGUGUUAAUAUACAAGACCAACGAAGCAUUCCUCACUCUGCAUGUCUAUCUGAUCCCUCGUGAUCCUGCUCUACAACAGACCAUAAAAAAGAAGGAAUCAUCCAGGGGACACAAAAUGAUCCAAAAGCAGUACCCGGAGAAGUCCCUGAAAAUGCGCGAUCGUUUCAUCCUCACAGCCGAUUUGGACAGUGCAGAAAUUUACCCUGAGAAAUUGAAGCUCAUAUAUGAAGGCAGUGACCCAAACUUCUUUGAAGUGUUCAUUGAAAAUCCAGACAGUCAUUUCCAGCUCACAAUAAGACAUGAAUCUGAACCAGUGUGGACCUGUGCAAUUCGAAAAGAUGACUAUCAAAACACUGGUGAUAUUCAGGAGAAGUAUGAAGAGGCGCUUGCUAGAGUGAGGCCUAAACUUGUGGAGAAAAUGUCCAGAGAGCUGAUUAAUCAGCUGCUGGAUGACCUUUUAGAGGAUGGCGUCUUGAGUGAGGGGGAGAAAGACUCGGUACUUCAGGAGAACAACACCACUGCAGACAGGGCGCGCCGCCUCAUCGACAUGGUGAAAAACAAAGGACGUGAAGCCAGCAGGAAGAUAUUUACUCACCUUCGAAGCAGAGACCCUUCACUCUCCGCUCAGCUGGGGCUGCUCUCUGGCCCGCCUGUUUAACCAGGUAAGGUCUGUCUCAGCAGAGAUGGUCAACAGUAAUGAACCAGGAAGGCUUAUUGUUUGACUUCAAAUGUUUCAAGUGAAAUAUCGUUUUGAACAGUAAUCUGAUAGCAGUGAUAUUGUAUUUUUGUUUUUCCAGCAGUGUUCAAAGAGAGAAAUCCACACUCAUCCCUGCUGCUGAUGCAUUGUGGGUAGAGAAAAUGAAGGCACUGUGUGUGACUUAGGCCCUGUCUACACAUAUAGGCUACAGAUAUUUUUAAAAACAAAUAUUUUCCCUUCCGUUUAAAAAAAAAAAAAGAAUCUGUCCACGUGACCUUCGUUUUGCAAAAUAUCUCCGUCCACACUCGAAUGCAAAAAAGACUUCAAACGCUUGCCGUAACAUUUACAUGUCACCACAAGUGAGAUCACAAGUUAAGGGUCAAGGAAUUUUGUUACCACCCUUCUCACUCCGUUUACUUCAGCUUCAUUACAGUCAGUUUGAUGACACUUAUUGUCCGUGGGUGGCUGGGAUUCCUGUAUCUACGUAGACUAAACACGUCCACGUAGAUACAAAGUAACCAGAGUUUUUAAAAAUCUGCACCUUAGAAGGUGUGAGCCAAAACUCUGUUUGCGUGUGUACGAGAGGCCAAAACGUAGAGGAAAACAUCUGUUUUUAAAAAUAUCUGUGUACGUGUAGACAGGACCUUAAAUGCAUUGAAAGCCAUGAUUGUUUUUAUUGUUAAUAUGUUCAAUCAACUGUAAGCAAUUGAUCAAAGCUGAACUAGUCAAUAUUUUUGUAUUUACAAUGGGUAAAAUAAUGUGAAAGUUGUUGCUUGACAUACCCACAGUUUCCAGCUGCACACGCAGCUAUUUUCACUGAAAAAGCUUUAAUAAACUCAGCAGAACUAGCUGGGGUACACAUUGCAGAUUAAGCUGCUUAAGAGCCUGAUAUUAAGAGAAGGUGAAAACCAAAACAUAUAUGUAAAAAGAGAGUGAAUAAUGGAUUUAUUUUAUUUAUUUAACCAGGCAAGUAAUUAAGAACAAAUUGUUAUUUAUAAUGGCGGCCUGGCAAAAGGCAAAGCCUCUUGAGGGAAGGGGGUAGAGGCUAAAAAAGAAAUAUCAAAAGUUAAAAAGACAGAAGCACACAUCCAAACAUGUCCAUCCAAAUGUUCACUUCUAUGAAAAUGAAGCAUUGCUUUUUUUUUUUGCUGAGGGAAAUUAA